AUGGCGACAAGAGAAGUACCAAACAGAGGCGUAUAUCUGGUCUUGUUCCUGAUGUUCAACACCUGCAGACCAGAAGGUAAUAUAGCUGCUUUUAAGCCUGCUGCGCAAAGUAGCAACUUUUCGACUAAAUGGCUAGCAGGAGCGGCAGUGGAUAAUUGCGCAAGAACAAAUAUACUAUCUAAUUGUUGUACACACACGUCUACAAAGGGGAAUCCUGAGACCGUUUGGUGGCGUGUAGAUAUAGGACAGAUGGGCACCAUUGACACAAUACAAAUAAUUUACAGAGCUGGAUUUGGGGAAAGAUUAGGAGGUUACCACCUUUAUAUAUCUAAUAACACGGAUUCCCCAACAAACGGUGUCCGCUGUUAUGAGGAUACGAGUACUACUGAAACAACGGUACAACUGAAUAUAAUACAUCAGUGCCCGUAUGUUGGCCGGUAUGUUACUGUAUACAACUACAGAAACGUUCCACCACGAUACACCUGGUAUGAUGCUGUAGCUGUGCUGGAGUUAUGUGAGGUUAUAGUUCUUGGAUGUGCAGCAGGCCAUUACGGUGAUGGCAACUGUGAAAAGGAUUGCCCAGAAACUUGUUACGGAGGCAACUGUAACCCGAAAUCUGGCUCCUGCUUUUACUGUUUCCCGAGAAAGUAUGGCAGUGCUUGUGACAUGGAUUGUUCUACGAACUGUAAAGGCAGCCUCUGUAAUAAAGACUCUGGACAUUGUUUAGAAUGCGUUACCGGAAAGUAUGGCAAUAUAUGUGAUCAAGACUGUUCUGCUAACUGUAAGAAUAGCUUGUGUGAGAAGGCCAACGGAAAUUGUUAUGAAUGUAUUCCUGGAAAGUAUGGCGAUACAUGUGACCAAGACUGUUCUGCGCACUGUAAUAAUAACUUGUGCAUGAAGUCCAACGGAUACUGUAUUGGUUGUGUUCAUGGAAAGUAUGGCGAUUUAUGUGAUCAAGACUGUUCAGAUAAGUGUAAUGAUAGCUUGUGUGAGAGGGCCAACGGAAAUUGUUUUGAAUGUAUUCCUGGAAAGUAUGGCGAUACAUGUGACCAAGACUGUUCUGCGUACUGUAAUAAUAACUUGUGCAUGAAGUCCAACGGAUACUGUAUUGAAUGUAUUCCUGGAAAGUAUGGCGAUACAUGUGAUCAAGACUGUUCUGCAGACUGUAAUAAUAACUUGUGCAUGAAAUCCAACGGAUACUGUAUUGGAUGCGUUGAUGGACUUUAUGGGACAAACUGUUCAAUGCCCUGCAACAGCAAUUGUUCCGAGUGUUAUCAACAAAACGGUGAAUGUACAAAAUGCAAGCCGGGUCUCUACGGAAUGAGUUGCAACACGUCGUGUGGCCACUGUAGUAGUUGUAAAAAAGACACUGGUCUGUGUGUGGAUGAAUGUGAUCCUGGAUACCAAGGACCUUACUGUGAAACAAGACAAGAUCAGAGGUCAGAUACUCCUGGAGCGGUAGACACAGGGUCAAUAGUCGGAGCUUUAGUAGGCGUGGUUGUCGUCCUUGUCAUCGCCGCGGUCAUAGUUGUCAUCAUCAGGAGACGGCGACUGAGUGCCAGUAAACAAGACUCCUUCGAUGAUAUAGGUCAUCACAAAGACUACGAUGGGAAUGUGUACGACCAACCAUUAGAGCGAGUAGACUCGCAUGCUGACAGUGGUAUCGCUGAAAGAAACGUCUAUAGCAAUGCUUUAGUGCCUGACGAAAAACCAGACGAACUACCAAACGACUCCGCCAACGUAUACGUCAAUGCUGAAAAUGUGUCUAGGAAAUCAGACAUUGGAGAUAACGUCUACUACAAUUCCGGUCCUGUUGGAUUUCCUGUUUCUGACCUCAAGUCUUUAGUAAUUGCUAAGAUGAAAAACAAGUCAAAAGCCUUCGAGAUUGAAUACAAGUCUAUACCAUAUGGAGCUUUACAUGAGCAUAAAAUUGGAAUGCUUCAACAAAACAAAGCCAAAAAUCGAUUUAAGACCACGUUUCCCUAUGACCAUUCUCGUGUAAUCCUUGGCACAGUUGGGAACGACCCGCACUCAGACUAUAUCAAUGCCAAUUAUAUUGAUAGCGCCACAAAAACUGCAGAAUAUGUCGCUACACAAGGUCCAAGGCCUGGAACUGUUAACGACUUUUGGCGUAUGAUCUGGCAACUUAGGACUGGCAAAAUUGCCAUGUUGACCAAUCUGGUAGAAGGAGCAAAGCCUAAAUGUGAUAAAUACUGGCCAGAUGAGGGAGAACCAAUGUCAACUACACAUUUCAACAUCAUCCUGGAUAGGGAACGAUCUUAUGCCUUUUAUGUCAUCCGGGAUCUUACAGUAACUGAAAAGAAGACGAAGACCGUACGACAAGUACAUCAAUUCCAUUACACCACGUGGCCCGACCAUGGGACACCGGACCCUAAUGAACUUGUUGUAUUCCAUCGUCGCGUGAAGAAUUAUCAGAAUGCCUUAACAGGAAAGAUGGUGGUUCAUUGCAGUGCUGGUAUAGGCAGAACAGGAACAUUCCUUGCUCUCGAUGCUCUUCUGGAUUACGGGAAAGAGUUCGGACGAGUCGACGUCAUGCAUUACAUAAAAACGAUGCGAAAAGACAGGGUCAACAUGGUCCAAACAGCCGAGCAGUACAUAGCUAUACAUCAACUCCUUCUUGAAGCCUUCGACAUGCCGGACACACUUAUUUCUAGAAUGGUGUACAACACGAAACUGAACACUCUCGCCAAUGGCGGCCCAACCAACCAAACAAAGCUCAGAAGGGAGUAUGAGUUGACGCAAACAAUGAAGCCAAAAUACAGCGAAGAUGACUGUAAAGCUGCCUUACUACCAAUGAACAAGACGAAGAAUAAGAGUUCAUCUGUACUUGCAGUGGAUAGGUUCCGUGUCUACCUACGAACAUAUGCAAAUGGUAGGACAGAUUACAUCAAUGCCAUAACGGUGCCUUCCUACACAUCCAAAACUGGGUAUAUCGUCACCCAGACUCCUAUGGAAGACACCGUAGUAGAUCUGUUGACAAUGACAAUGGAUCACGACUGUACAGCUAUUGUCAUCAUAGAUACUGACACUAUUGACUGGCUUCCGGAGAUCGGUGAGAAUAAAACCAUUGGUGACUAUACACUAGAGCACAAAAGGAAAUUGUCCACAAUAGCAAACGUCGAUUUGCUUGAAAUUGAAAUUACCAACAAGGAUAAUGAUUCAAGCACCAAUAUUCGAGUGUUUCACCUAUCCGGUUGGAAUCAAGAGUUAUCAGUCCCUCAGGAUUCGUCAACCUUGCUUCAGUUACUAGAACUUGUCGACAGCAGGCGUAAAUCGGACGACACUAAAACGACGGUUGUCAUGUGCCGAGAUGGGUAUACACAGAGCGGUCUGUUCUGUUGUAUCAGUAGUGCUAGAGACCAAAUGAAGAUUGAUGACGAAGUAGACAUAUUUCAGAUUUCUCGCCAGCUCCUUGCGAGACGUCCGGAAUUCAUUACGUGUUUCGACCAGUACCAGUACUGCUACAAUAUCAUAAGGGACUAUAUGGACACCACGGAUGUGUACAUAAACUGAAACAUCAACGC